GGACUAUCCAACAGCAGAGUCUAUUGAUGUUGAAUUGUACCUCGAAUACGCCCUGAAGAGGUACCUGUAGGUACCAGGCAAGAUACCGCUUACCUAAGCUAGCGAUCCAAUCAACUCGUCCAGUCGAAUCCAUUCCCAUCCACCGCAUCAUCGCGACCUCGACAACAAUAAUCAAAUCGUCCUGGAUACCCUGAGACUGGAUCUCAUCUUUCAUCUGGACUAAUACUGUACAUCCCCGCCCCCGGAGACCACGUACGAUCCGCCGGUCUAGAGUCCGCUCUGUUCGUCCCUUCGUGGAUCAACCCGCUCCCCGCAUUCUCAUCCCAUCACCAACAUCAUGGCAUCCGAACACCACUCGCAGUCGAAAGUGGAGUUGUACGAGUCCGGUAUCACCGUGCCCUCGGAUUCGGAGAACUACUCCGCCCACCAGGAGAUGUCGUCGUCGUCGUCGAGCUCGCCUCUGAUCCUCUACCAACCCCCGACCCUCUGGAGCCUCCUGCGCGGCGCGGCCAUCAACCUGUUCCUCCCGUUUGUCAACGGUCUGAUGCUGGGGUUUGGAGAGUUAUUCGCACAUGAAGCAGCCUUCCGGUUGGGCUGGUCCGGCACAAAGAUUUUCCCUACCUAUCGACGAUCUCAUCCCCUCGGUCCUGGAGUGGAAGUGCGGGAUCUUCCCUCGCGGCGAGGCAGUCGUGCCGGUCUGGACUAAGCGGACGCGGUCCCGUUGCGAUAGAAAAGAUUCCCGGAAUUUUGUCAUUUAGAGGGGUUGGAUACCGCGCGCGACAUCUUUGGUUAUAUACUCUGCAUUGAAACGGAUUAAUACAUGAUUCGUUACUGUCCAUGGGAUGUGCAUAGAUCCUCGGCACCCACAGCAGUGCCUCCGCGGACGGGGUCGGAC